AUGGAUCCGGUGCUUCUACAGAAAAUAUUGAAAGAAAACAACGCUGUUUUGCAAGAAUAUUCAGAGGACUUGAAAAAUUGGGGAGAAGACAUGAAAAGAAAAGAUGAAUCACUGAGAGGAGUGAAGACAGAAAGCCCAAGUACAAGGGACAAAAAAGUCGAAACCGAAGAAAAGAACGAGAAUAAAGUAAAGAAGAAAUCACUGGCGAAGUCUACAAGAAGAGUAGGAAGUACAGAUUACUCUGCUUGGGAAAAAUUUGAUGUGGAUGCAGAGCUUGAACGAUUAGAUUAUGACAAAGAUGAAGAUUCUGAGCUUACAGAUGAACAUAAUGAAGGCAUGUACGACGAAGCUAUCGUCGAGAAGGAUAAGGGCAAUAAAUUUGUUAAAAGCCAGAAAUGGGAUGAAGCAAUCAAGUGCUACACAAAAGCGAUAAAAUGCUAUUCAUUUGAUCCAAUAUUUUAUGCCAACAGAGCCUUGUGUCAUUUGAAGAAAGAGGACUUUGAAAAAUGUGAAAAGGAUUGUAGUCUUUCUUUGAAGCUGGAUCCUACUUAUGUCAAGGCAUAUCAGAGAAGAGCAGCUGCUAAAAUAGGUUUGAAACAAUAUGAGUUUGCUGAAUCUGAUCUAAUAAAGGUACUGGAAUUAGAACCAAAGAAUGGUGAAUCUAAAUCUGAACUUUUAAAGCUUAGACAGAAACUAGAUAAACCUGAGAAGCCAGAACAAAGACCAGUCUCAAAAUUCACUAUCUCUCGAAAGAAAGUAAGUACAUCAAAUAAACUUUUCUCACCCUUAGUCUCACCAAUAACUACCAAACCAGAACCCAACAUCAGCAAAGCAGUAGAUGAUAGCAAAGAUAUUUCAAUAUGGCCAGAAGAUGAUGUGAUCAUAGUUAAGCCUGUCAAUAAACCACCACACAUAAGGUCACAAAAACCAUUAAAAAGGGUCAAGAUUAUUGAAAUAGAUAGUAGUCAACCAAAAAUUAAGAAUAUAGGGAGCCCCGAAUCUUCUAAGAAAAAAGAAACUGUAGCAAUCAAGGAACAUGUUGUAGCUAAGCAAGAGGCAGGGACUGAAGCAACACUAAUACUAAACGUACCAUCAAGUAUGGAAGCAACAUAUAAAUCAGAAUUUAAGAAGAAUCAAGCUGAAAAAAAUGAUAAACUAAAAGUAUUUUAUAAAGGAGAAAAAUGUGAAUCACUGUUUAAGAAGAAACAAGAAAAUGAUGAGACAAAUGAGAAAUCAAAGACUAAUACAACCUCAAACAUAUUAGAAACUGAAAACAAUCUCAAGCAAAUACAAAAUUCAUCAAAUGUUGACAAAAAGACAAUUAGUAAUAUUUCAAAUAUAGAUUUCACACCGCCAAAGAGCUCUGUACAAUUCAACCUAACUUGGAAGAACAUCAUGGAUAUGCAUAUUAAAUACAAAUAUUUGAAGAGUAUUGAUCCAAUACUAUUGCCAAAAAUAUUCCAAAAUUCUUUGGAAAGCAAUGUAUUCAGUAACAUCUUAGAAGUAUUAUCAAGGUAUUUUACUGCUAAUAAUGAUAAUGUUUGGGAUAUUUUGGAGUCAAUGACACAUGUCAAGAGGUUCAGUGCUUUAGCAAUGUUUAUGACAUCACAGGACAAGCAAAAUCUGUGGAGGCUGAUAGAUUAUAUCAAGGAGAACGAUAAUGAACAUAAAGCAGAUGUGGACAAUCUCAUACAAAAAUAUGAACUUUAA